UGCCCCAUCAUUGGUGUCAGUGGCGGGAGGAAUAGUGCCCCAUUGUUGGUGUCAGUGGGGGGAGGAAUAGUGCCCCAUCAUUGGUGUCAGUGUGGGAGGAAUAGUGCCCCAUCGUUGGUGUCAGUGGGGGGAGGAAUAGUGCCCCAUCAUUGGUGUCAGUUGGGGGGAGGAAUAGUGCCCCAUCUUUGGUGUCAGUGGGGGGAGGAAUAGUGCCCCAUCGUUGGUGUCAGUGGGGGGAGGAAUAG